CAUUAAUCCAUUCUUCUUAAAUCGGUGUUGCCGGUUGCUGUCUGCUGAAAAAUCAUGGCGGACAUUGUGAAGCAGAUCCUAGCAAGGCCGAUUCAGAUGGCGGACCAGGUCACCAAAGUCGCCGACGACGUGCACUCUUUCAAACAAGAUUGUCAAGAGAUCAAAGCCAAGACAGAGAAGCUCGCAGGUCUUCUCCGCCAGGCCGCGCGUGCAAGCAACGACCUCUACGAGCGGCCCACCCGCAGAAUCAUCGACGACACCGAGCAAGUCCUCGACAAGGCACUCACUCUCGUCGUCAAAUGUCGAGCCAACGGACUCAUGAAACGAGUUUUCACCAUCAUCCCCGCCGCAGCGUUUCGUAAAACAUCCAUGCAACUUGAAAACUCCAUAGGCGACGUGUCUUGGUUAUUACGAGUCUCGGCCUCUGCCGAUGACCGAGACGAUGAGUACUUGGGUCUCCCACCAAUUGCUGCUAAUGAACCAAUUCUGUGUCUGAUCUGGGAACAGAUUGCAAUACUCUGUACAGGGUCACUAGAUGAAAGAUCAGACGCCGCGGCUUCAUUGGUUUCAUUAGCUCGUGAUAAUGACCGGUAUGGAAAACUAAUUAUAGAGGAAGGAGGGGUGCCGCCAUUGUUGAAGUUAGCGAAAGAAGGAAGAAUGGAAGGUCAGGAGAGUGCAGCGAAUGCAAUUGGGUUACUGGGUCGUGACCCAGAAAGCGUGGAGCAGAUUGUGAAUGCAGGGGUUUGUUCGGUGUUUGCGAAAAUCCUUAAAGAAGGUCAUAUGAAAGUUCAGGCGGUCGUGGCUUGGGCCGUCUCGGAAUUGGCCGGGAACCACCGUAAAUGCCAAGAUCAUUUCGCCCAGAAUAACAUCAUCCGGUUUCUCGUCAGUCAUCUGGCUUUCGAGACUGUCCAAGAACACAGCAAAUACGCUAUUGCUAGCAAGCAAAACUUGUCGAUUCACUCGGUGGUAAUGGCGAAUAGUAAUGAAGAGAACAAGGAGAGUGAAAACUACGAAGAUAAGCCGAUUAAUAACCAAAUAAAUCAUCCUAUGGGGAACCAAACGCCGAGCCAAAUGCAUAAUGUGGUUACUAACACACUCGCCUUGAGAAACCAAACCACCACCCCCCCCACCACCACCGCCAGCAACCAGUCUAAUAAGCCUCCUUCGCAGCCACAAACCAAAGGAAACAACCCAAAUCAUGCAAGACCCAAUCAGCAGAACUUGAGACCAAACCAACCUCCUGUUUCCAUAUCAGGAACAAGCAUUAAAGGCAGAGAAUAUGAAGAUCCGGCUACAAAAGCUCAUAUGAAAACGAUGGCUGCCCGAGCCCUUUGGCAACUUUGUAAAGGAAAUGUCUCGAUUUGCCGCAGCAUAACCGAGUCCCGAGCGCUUCUCUGUUUCGCCGUGUUGUUAGAAAAAGGCCCAGACCAUGUGAAGUCCUACUCUGCCAUGGCGCUGAUGGAAAUCUCCAUGGUCGCAGAGCAGAACGCUGAUUUGCGACGGAAUUCGUUCAAGCCAACUUCGCCCACCGCAAAAGCUGUCGUCGACCAGUUACUCAAAGUAAUCCAAGAAGCAGAUUCCGACCUCCUUAUUCCCUGCAUUAAAGCCAUCGGCUGCCUCGCAAGAACAUUUCGCGCCACGGAAACCAGGAUCAUUGCCCCAUUGGUUGCCCUUCUCGACGAAAGAGAACCUGAGAUAUCAAUAGAAGCCGCCAUUGCUCUCAACAAGUUCGCAUGCACAGACAAUUUCCUCCACGACAAUCACUCAAAAGCCAUUAUUGCCGCUGGGGGUGCUAAGUUCCUGAUCCAGCUGGUGUACUUUGGCGAACAAAUGCUUCAGAUACCAUCGUUAAUCCUUCUCUGUUACAUUUCGUUACAUGUUCCUGACAGUGAGAUUCUUGCACAAGAAGAGGUGUUGAUAGUUCUCGAAUGGUCGACGAAGCAAGCACAUUUGGCUGAAGAACCCACCAUAGAAUCUUUGCUACCAGAGGCAAAAAGUAGAUUGGAACUUUACCAGUCUAGAGGGAGAAGAGGCUUUCAUUGAUGAAAAUUGUGAUCUUGUCGUUAAACAUUUUGGAUUAAAUUUUUGGCUUUUGUUCUUUGUCUUCUUCUUUGUUUCUAUCAGUUUCUUUUCAUGGGUAUGAAAUGUAUAUAAAAUUAAACCUUGCU